AUGGCGUUGGCCACUUACGACCACCUCACACUUGCUGAAGACCUUGAUUUCCCAAGAUUUCAGAUUCGACACUCUGCAUGGAUCCAAGCUAAGCAUCAGCAUACUCAUAGUGUGCCAUUAUCCACAGGUGCCAGUAGUGAUCACGGUAAAUAA